UAUAUAUUUGUUUGUUUGUGUCUUCUGUGAUGGUGACAACUUAUCAGAUGAAGAGUCUUAGUACAUUAGAGCUUAUGUUAGAGGAACUUCAGCAAGAAGAUGAAGAAACAAAUGAUUUGCCACCACCUUUGCCUGUUAGGCCUGUCAUUAAGGCUAGGUUGCCUAAGGGCAGAAGGAAAUUGACACCAUUUGGUAAAGAAAAGAGGAAUCUUAAAGACAUUAGGGCUCAAGAAAAUGCAUUUGUUGAUCAAUGGAGUACUUCAGAAGAGAGGGAUUCUGCAGCCAUGACAGAUAAGAUUUGUUUGAUGGUUGAUCAGAGAGAUGGAGCUGAACUAAGUAGAGUACUGCAAAUUCAGAGAUGCUUUCGCGGCUAUCAAGCCCGCCAGUACUAUCAUGAGCUUAAAACAGGAGCAGUAGCUCUACAAUCAUUUGUGCGUGGUGAAAUUGAAAGAAAGUAUUAUCAGGGUCUCACUAGGAGGUUAGCAGCAAUUAUCUUUAUACAGAAACACAUAAAGAAGCAUCAUCAUAAAAGAACAGAACGACAAAGAACUGCAGCCAUAUGUUUGCAGUCUGUUAGUCGAGGUUGGUUGAUUCGAAAGAAGUCCAAUCUCUCAGGUGAUGAAAAACGAUCUUGUGUUGUUCAGAACAUUAGAGAAAAAAAUGACCUUGACAAUAAGGAACCAGAAACUAAGGUACCACGUUCAAUUCUACUUGAUCUUCAGAGGCAUAUUUUGAAGACAGAAGCAGCCCUGGAGAGAAAGAAAGAGGAAAAUGCAGCUUUGAGGCUACAUAUUCAGCAUUAUGAGAUAAAGUGGAAUCAGUAUGAAUCAAAAAUGAAAGCUAUGGAGAAGAUGUGGCAAGAUCAGUUAACGUCUAUACAAAUAAGUCUGGCUGCAGAAAGGGAAAAACACGGGGACGAAAAGACUAAGGGAAAACUCAGACUACUGAUACUUCAAGAUCAAGAUGAAAAUGUGCAUAACAGAUUCCCAAGAACUACAUCUCUUCGAACAAGUGCAUUGAAUCAUCCUGAUGAGGUACAUGAUACACAACCACAACCAAGUGGGAGAUCAAAUCCCAAUAACAAGUGUGUUAACCACCAUGUGAUGGACAUGGUCAAUCACUAUCAAAAUUUUGUCGUCCACGAUCAAUGUAAUUCAGGGGAGGAGGGUUCCGCCCUCAGGCCUAACGAUGAGCUCCAGAAGCUGAAGAUUAGAUUUGAAGCAUGGAAGAAGGAUUACAAGAAUAAAUUGCGCGAGGCCAAAGCAACAAUGAAGCAACUAGGACACUCUGAAAGGGGGAAGGGUUCAAAGAUAUGGUGUGGGAGAUGAAAAAGUUAAUGUCUUAUGUUAGAUCCUCCAAUUGGAGGACAUUUUCAGAGGAUUUGACACGGGUGCAACAACAACAUAUUUGGAGAGUCUGAUCAACGUAGCCUCUCAUUAUCAUUUAUUCUUCAUACUUCAUAUUUACAUGUACAGAACAAGCAUAUAAACUGUCAAUGUCAUACAACCAUUGAAGAAAUAUAAGAGAAUAUGUU